AUGCCUUCUGGAACUCGCAGAGAUAGCUCAGUGAUUUCCCAACAUUACAGUCCACCAUGGACUACCCCUUACAUUAUCGGUAUUGGUGGGACUUCAGGUUCAGGGAAAACUAGUGUCGCAUCCAAAAUCGUUUCCUCAAUUGACGUACCCUGGACAGUACUGAUAUCUUUGGAUAACUUCUAUAACCCAUUAAAUGAUCAAGAGAGGAAAAAAGCUUUUAAUAAUGAUUUUGAUUUUGAUGAACCAGAUGCCAUUGAUUUGGAUUUGGCUUAUGAGAAGAUAUUGAGUUUGAAAGAGGGGAAGGCAACUGAUAUUCCUGUAUAUAGUUUUGUUCAUCAUAAUCGAGUACCAGGAAAAGCGAUUACUAUCUAUGGAGCAAGCGUAAUUGUACUUGAAGGCAUUUACGCCCUAUAUGACAAAAGAUUAUUAGAUUUGAUGGAUUUGAAGAUAUAUGUGGAUGCUGACUUGGAUAUUUGUCUAGCGAGAAGAUUAUCUAGGGAUAUUGUGUCUAGAGGUAGAGAACUGGAGGGGAGCAUCCAGCAGUGGCAGAAAUUUGUGAAACCAAACGCUGUGAAAUAUGUUACACCUACAAUGAAAAAUGCGGAUGCCAUAAUCCCCUCUGUCAACGACAACAGAGUUGCCGUGCAACUAUUAAUUAACCAUAUUACAUCUAAAUUAGAAUUAAAAUCGGAAGAACAUCUUAAUAAGUUGGUUAGACUAGGUUAUUCUGAUUCCAAGGCUAUAAGAGAACACGAUACCGUCCAUGAACUGAAGCGCGGUAAUCAAGUUAAUGCAAUUCUUACAUUACUACUUGAUCGAAAACUGAGUUCAGAUGAUUUUAUUUUUUAUUUUGACAGGAUUGCAACAAUACUUUUAAAUACAGUUCUUGAUUCAAUUGUACCAUAUAAAUCUAAUCAUACGAUUGUUACACCAAUAGGAACCGAACUGUGCAAUCAGAUAGAAUUAAAUCUAGAUCAAAUUGCAACCGUUAAUAUAAUUCGUUCUGGAGAUUGUUUUAUGCGCUCACUUCGAAAAACUAUACCUAAUAUUAGUACUGGGAAGUUAUUAAUUCAGUCUGACUCCCAAACUGGAGAACCUCAACUUCAUUGUGAAUUCUUGCCUCCAAAUAUUGAUAAAAACUAUAAAUUAAUAUUGUUGACAGAAAGUCAAUUGAUUAGUGGUGCUGCUAUGAUAAUGGCAAUCCAAGUGUUGCUGGAUCAUGGUGUCCAGAUGAAAAAUAUCGCCGUAGUGGUGUUGAUUGCGACCGAAAUGGGUGUGAGGCGUAUUGUUAAUGCAUUUGGCGGUAGUAUUAAGAUAUUUGUUGGUCGAAUUAUUGACAGAUCAGAACUUAAAGACAAAAGAUGGGCACUAAAAAACUUCAUAGAUUCAGAAUAUUUUGGUUGUCCUUGA